AUGGACCGCAUGAGCCCCAAGUGUGACGUACGAAGCAUCUCGUUGAAUCUAGCAGAAAAUGAUAAGCUAGUUCAGGAUGGAGGUGCUCAACAGGGGGUGCGACUGGGGAAGUGGAGGGAGAAGAUGGUAACUGAGAGUCCUGCAUCAAAUGCUCAAGCACUUCUUCAGGACAGAAAGAAAAAGACAAUGGAAACUGAGGCAAUGAUCAUCAGCAAAGACUUGAAGGUGGAGCGUCCAUCCCAUGAGGCACCACUCAUCUCACCUAAGCACAGCUGCCUAUGCUCUCCCACCACCCAUGCCGGCUCGUUUCGCUGCCGCUUGCAUCAAGCCACCUCCCUCCACCGCGCUAAAAGCAUUGGCUCCACUGCCUGCCACCACUCACAAUCUAAAGUUACUCAGAUUUCCAAUAUGCUUACGCAGAAUAGUGCAGCCGAUGCUCAGUAA